UUGGGUACGGACUAUGGGACUCUGAGGGCGGAUGGUGGACUACUGGACUCCGUUUGUCAGCUGAAAGAGGAGAGCACCGGGCGGUUCUCUCCUCGUUGUCUCCGCUGUAGUUUCAGGAUAACGGUGUCACCACCGCCAUGGAAAAUGUAAGGUACGCCGCAGAAAUGCUUGUUAUAGCGGAGACGCGUUAUGUCGGCAGAGGAGUGGAAACAUGCCUUUCUUAUGCUGGUCCCCUUCGCUUUAUUAGAGAAAUUAGCUCCCUAGCCAGUCUCUAAAUGAAAUAUCGUAAGAGCUGACAAGACGCAAUAUCACCCACAGCUGUUACACUCAAUGUGUAUUUUUUUUUCUUUUGACAGAUUCCAAUGAGACUAAAUAAGAGUAUGAGGAGCGUCUAAAAAUAAAACGCAGCGGCUGUCUUCCUGCGGAUUUUUUCCUUGAACAUGCCUGAUCUAUGGAGCAGUCCUGAGCGGAGCUAGCUGGCCGUCUCUCCGGCUAGCGCAUCGUUUCCACGUAUUGGAUGUAUCUGUAUAUGGACGGCUGAUUUGCUUUGGAUCAGCUUUACCCAUCAUAACAGUCAGAAUGGGGGAGCCUAGUUUGGAUGACUCCAAUGUCAAGGUGGCUGUCCGUGUCAGGCCCAUGAACAGAAGAGAGAAAGAACUAAACACAAAAUGUGUAGUGGAGAUGAUGAAGAACCAGACCAUCCUCCAUCCAGCUGGCACCAACCUGUCCAAAGACUCCAGGAGCCAGUCCAAGGUGUUUGCGUAUGAUUACUGUUUCUGGUCCAUGGAUGAGUCAGAUACAGAAAAAUUUGCAGGUCAGGAGGUCGUUUUCCAGUGCCUUGGGGAAAGCCUUCUCAACAAUGCUUUCCUGGGCUACAACGCCUGUAUCUUUGCUUAUGGACAAACAGGUUCAGGAAAAUCCUACACCAUGAUGGGGUCAGGGGACCAGCCCGGUCUGAUUCCCCGCUUAUGCAGUGCUUUGUUUGGCCGAACGCAGAAGGAACAGCGUGAGGAGGAGAGUUUUACUGUUGAGGUGUCCUACAUGGAGAUCUAUAAUGAGAAGGUCCGAGAUCUGCUUGACCCCAAAGGGGGCCGACAAACACUAAAAGUCAGAGAACAUAAAGUACUAGGGCCCUAUGUAGAUGGCCUCUCUCGACUAGCUGUGGCUAGUUACAAGGACAUUGAGUCUCUCAUGUCAGAAGGGAACAAGUCUCGGACUGUUGCUGCUACUAACAUGAACGAGGAGAGCAGUCGAUCACAUGCUGUUUUCAACAUCAUCUUAACACACACGCUGAAAGACCUGCAGUCUGGGACAAGUGGAGAGAAAGUGAGCCGUCUGAGUUUGGUUGAUCUUGCUGGAAGUGAAAGGGCUGCCAAAACGGGUGCAGCAGGUGAAAGGCUGAAGGAGGGAAGCAACAUAAACAAGUCGUUGACAACUUUAGGUCUGGUGAUAUCUGCUCUGGCUGAACAGGGAACUGCCAAGAACAAGAACAAGUUUGUUCCGUACAGAGAUUCCGUUUUGACAUGGCUCUUAAAGGACUGUCUGGGGGGUAACAGCCGCACAGCAAUGGUUGCGACAAUUAGUCCAGCAGCAGACAAUUAUGAAGAAACUCUGUCCACUUUGAGAUAUGCUGACCGGGCGAAAAAUAUUGUGAACCAUGCAGUUGUUAAUGAAGACCCCAAUGCUCGCAUCAUUAGAGAGCUCCGAGAAGAAGUGGAGAAACUACGAGUUCAACUGACCCAGGCUGAGUCUAUGAAGGCUCCAGAGUUAAAGGAUCGCCUUGAGGAGUCAGAGAAGUUGAUUCAAGAAAUGACUGUAACUUGGGAGGAGAAGCUACGAAAAACAGAGGAGAUAGCACAGGAGCGACAGAAGCAGUUGGAGUCUCUGGGUAUUUCUCUCCAGUCAUCAGGAAUAAAAGUUGGAGAUGACAAGAGUUUUCUUGUCAAUCUAAAUGCAGAUCCAGCACUUAAUGAGCUACUAGUGUAUUAUUUAAAGGAGCACACAAAGGUGGGAUCUGCAGACUCCCAGGACAUCCAGCUGUGUGGAAUGGGUAUCCAAGCAGAGCACUGUGUUAUUGACAUAACUUCAGAAGCAGCUGUUAUUUUAACACCUUAUCGCAAUGCUAGGACGUGUGUUAAUGGUUCUCCAGUAUCCAGUGCUCUGCAACUUCACCAUGGCGACCGCAUCCUCUGGGGAAACAACCAUUUCUUUAGAAUUAACUUGCCUAAGAAGCGUACCCGGUCAGCUGAUGAUGAAGAAGGUGAGGGUGGUGUGAUGAAGAAUAGUAGCAGCAGUGACCAGCUAGAUCCUGAUGGUGACACAGCAAGUGAAGUGUCCAGUGAGGUCAGCUUUUCCUAUGAGUUUGCCCAGACUGAAGUCAUGAUGAAGGCUUUGGGAAACAAUGACCCCAUGCAGGCAGUGCUCCAGUCUUUGGAGAGGCAGCAUGAAGAGGAGAAACGCUCGGCUCUGGAGCGGCAGAGGCAGAUGUACGAGCAGGAGCUUCAGCAGCUCCGACGAAAACUCAAUCCUGACAGACUGUCCAUAACUCCAGCACCCACUCAGCAAGGCCAGCAGUCCCAUUACCGCAGUCUGGAGAGGCUCAGCAUGGGCGGAAUGAGCCACUCCACCAGCGCUCAAAGCAGGCUCAGGCAGUGGAGUGAAGACAGGGAGGCUGUGUUGGUGAGGAGUCUGCGAAGGUUAAGGGAGCAGAUUGUGAGAGCAAACCUAAUGGUGCAAGAGGCCUGUUUUAUUUCCGAUGAACUAGAAAGACACACGGAAUACAGGGUUACUUUGCAGAUACCAGCAGACAACCUCAACGCAAACCGCAAGAGGGAUGCCGUGCUCAGUGAACCAGCUAUUCAGGUUCGGCGCAGGGCUCGUGGGAAGCAAAUCUGGAGUUUGGAAAAAAUGGAGAAUCGUCUUGUUGACAUGAGGGAGCUGUAUCAAGAGUGGCAAGAGUAUCAACAACAGGAUCAAGACAACCCUGGUAUGCGGACAUAUUUUCGACGAGCUGAUCCAUUUUUUGAUGAGCAAGAAAACCAUAGCCUCAUUGGAGUUGCCAAUGUAUUUUUAUCUUGUCUUUUCUACGAUGUAAAGCUCCAGUAUGCAGUGCCUAUUAUCAACCAGAAAGGAGAGGUGGCAGGACGCCUUCAUGUGGAAGUGGUAAGAGUAGGAGGUGGUCUUGAAGACAGUGUAGCUGGUGGAGAUGACCCUGACAACAUCCAAGAUAAUGAAGCUAUUGAAAUACAGGACCGUAAAUUAGUCUGUAUGAUCAAGAUCCUGCAAGCCACCGGGCUUCCUCAGUACCUGUCCAACUUUGUCUUCUGUCAGUACUCAUUCUGGGACCAGUCUGAACCUUUCAUUGUUGCCCCUGAAGUUGAUACAUCAUCUUCCUCACCAAGUGGCAAAGAUCCUCACUGCAUGGUUGUGUUUGAUAGCUGCAAGGAGCAUGCAGUGUCUGUUUCGGAGGACUUCAUUGAAUAUCUGACUGAGGGUGCAGUCGCUAUUGAAGUUUAUGGGCACAGACAGGCAGACGCAGGCAGAAACCCAGCUCUGUGGGACCUAAGCAUCAUCCAAGCCAAAACACGCACUUUAAGAGACAGAUGGAGUGAGGUAACUCGUCGCUUGGAGCUGUGGAUUCAGAUCUUGGAGAUAAAUGAAAAUGGAGACUUUGUUCCCGUUGAGGUCAUUCCUGCUAGAGACAUCCGAACAGGAGGAAUAUUUCAGCUUCGUCAGGGUCAGUCUAGGCGAAUCCAAGUAGAUGUGCGUUCAGUUCAGGACUCAGGCACCAUGCCUUUGAUAGCAGAGAUAGUUCUUGCUGUGUCAGUAGGCUGUGUGGAGAUCAGAUCAACUACAACUAACCAAGAGGGAGAUGAGAUGGACAGUUAUCAGGAAAGAGAUCUUGAACGGUUGAGGCGACAGUGGUUAGCUGCUCUAACAAAGAGGCAGGAAUACCUUGACCAACAUCUGCAGAAUCUGGUCAGCAAAGCAGAAAAGACGGAAGAUGACAUGGAAAGGGAGGCUCAGCUGCUCGAGUGGCGCUUGACUCUGACUGAAGAAAGAAAUGCAGUGAUGGUGCCCUCUGCUGGUAGUGGAAUUCCUGGUGCACCGGCUGAAUGGGUACCUCUUCCUGGCAUGGAAACGCACAUUCCAGUUGUCUUUCUGAAUCUCCGGCCUGAUGACCUAAGCUCUCAGGAUCAGUUUGAGGUCCCUGAAGCUGGUGGUUGGGAUGCCACUCUGAGUGGAGAGGAUGAAGAUGAUUUCUUUGACCUUCAGAUUGUGAAACACUAUGAUGGAGAGGUGAAAGCAGAGGCAUCAUGGGACUCUACAGUGCACGAGUGUCCUCAGCUCAGUCGUGGAGGGGCGUGGCCUGAGCAGAGAGUCUACCUGACAGUUCGCGUAGUGGUUCAACUCAGUCACCCAGCGGAUAUGCAGCUCGUGCUCAGGAAGAGGAUCUGUGUCAAUGUCAACCCUGGGCGUCAGGGCUUUGCCCACAACCUUCUCAAAAGAAUGUCCACUCGCAGCACCAUCCCCGGCUGUGGGGUGACAUUUGAGGUGGUCUCCAACAUUCCAGGGGAUGCCCCCGGUACAGAGGACCGGGAAAUGCUGGCACGGCUCGCUGCUAAUGCACACAACAGCCAGUCAGGGGAAGAAGAAGCUGCCAUCGAGAAAUAUCUCCGUAGUGUGCUCAGCUUAGAGAACAUCCUCACCUUGGACAGACUCAGACAGGAAGUGGCUGUGAAGGAGCAACUGACGUCAAGAGGAAAGAGCAGUAGACGAAGCUUAAGCUCUCCAUCAGUGAAUAGACUGUCGGGAAGUAGGCAGGACCUGUCCACAAGUUGUCUAUUGGACGACAAGGUUCGAUGGGAAAGUCAACAGGACAUCUUCAUACCUGUCCAGCGCACUCUCCCACGUCCAGCCUCUUCACCCUCCACCUACUCUCCAUCACCCCCCUCAGCCCCAACUCCUCUUUCGGCAUCUUCUCCACAAACCCAGGAACAAGAGCAAGUGAAGGCGCUGGUUCCUCAGAUGCCCAAACUGCUCAAGUCUUUAUUUCCAGCACGAGACGACAAAAAGGAGCUGAGGCCAUCUCCACACAACCAGCAGCACAUGCCACGUAUCGUCACAUCAGCCGGGCCAGAAGAGCGAGAAGUCAAGGUUGAUGUGACCAAUAUUCUUCAGGCGUCCUCCAAAGACAAGCGAGCAGACUUACCGGAUGUCCCUCCUCUUCCUGUGCAUGACCCGCAUGACACCACUCCCCUGAGCCCCUUGAGCCAAUCCUCCAGCGGCUAUUUCUCUAGUAGCGUUUCCACGGUAACCCUGUCCGACGUCCUCCACCCUUCCUCCUCGUCUUCCUCCCUUGUGGCUGCUGAGACUACAUUACCUGCAGUUUCCCAACAGCAAAACACUGACCAGAGCGAUGUUAUGAACUCUCCUCCCCAGUGCGGAUCCAAUAUGGCCGAUAUUGUUCAGCCCUCUUCCCAUAGCUCAGCCAAUCACAAGAACGGAACCACAGAAAACUCCUCCUCCAGGCUAAAACAGCUUACCUCAUCUGAAAACUUUGAAAGGCUGGAGAUUUGUGUGGAUGACGAACGCAACCAUGACGAAGUGCUCCCCGAUUGGCUGACAGAGGGCGCUUAUGUUACAGUAGGAAGCAAUAAGGCGGGAACUGUGCGCUUCGUGGGACUCACUCAGUUUUCUGAAGGAGUAUGGGUGGGGGUUGAGCUGGAUACACCUGUCGGUAAAAAUGACGGCUCAGUGGGAGGCCAUCGCUACUUCCACUGUAAACCAGGUUAUGGCGUUCUAGUUCGUCCAGACCGCGUGUCAAGUCGAGGGAGGGAUAGCAAACCCCCAGGAAACUUUGGCCCUGCCCCGCACGUUCCUGUCCUCAGAGGAGACACACUGGUCAGCCGCCGGGGGGAGAACCGCAAAUCGUGGACCAGCUGAGAGAGACUCCAGGAGGAUUCAGGGAGAGUUCAUGUCCCCAAAACCCUUCUGUUUUCUAUGCAACUGUCUUUUGCCAGCUGGAGGCGUGCUCAUAACAUCCAUCACAACUAAUGGAUAAAAAUAAACGUCUUUGAGAAGGACAGUAAACAGGACUAAACAAAAAGUUUUAGACUUAAGCUGGAUAUAUUUAUUUUGAACUUUUGAAAUAAGGAUGCAAACAUGUUGCUGUGUUGUGUGACUUUGAUUUGACUGUAUUUUGUGGAGAGCUGGUGUGGGAAAUUUAUGUAAGUCUCGAGUCCUUUUUUAACGGUUAGACAAUUGGGCAUAUUUUUGGCCGUUGUUUGUCUAAUCUUCUGUUUUCUGCACUCUGGCCAUGACCCUUUGUAUUUUUUGUCUAUGAAUGUAAUUCUUGGCGUAUUUCUGGAGUGCUUUUAAUUCCACUCUCACAGCGACAUGUUUGCAUUUGUUAGCCCUCUUUUGGAGCAGGAAUCUACCUGUCUAGCUCAACAUCCCAUGAUUCAUUGUUACCUAGUACCACAUGUCUGAGCUGUGAGGUGUGGUCGCCCUCUCUCCCUCCAGGACUCUUCUCCCAGAAUGUGCCUUUACCAUUGUUUAGUUUGUUUUUGUUUUGUUAAUUUAAGGUCUGGUCUUGCGCUGUGGUUUGGAGGAUGACUUGUGCAAAGUGUAAAGUGAUCUCAGGGAUGGAGGGAGAGGAGAGCAGAGACACGGGAGGUUUGGGAUUGUCAGUGCUGUCAUUGAAGUAAGAAGUUGGCAGUCAGCGCCGUUGGAUAAAGCCACUAUGAAAGUUAGCAGUGUGUUAAGGAGUGUGGUUUUUGCACUGAGAUGUUUGACACUGCAUUAAACAGAGGGAAAGGAAGCAUAAUUGAACCAGCCACAGUAUAAAAGAAUAAUAAUGUUUGGCAUCUGGACACCAGGUGGCGCCAUGUUGAGGUCUCUGGGAAGGUGUUCGUGUGGACGGGUAGAAGUAUGUGGAAAGGAGGGGAGAAGUGGCAUGUAGAGUUCUAAUGGGAAUUCAUCGUGAAUGAAGCAUUAUUUUUCCACUAUGCAUUUGUCAUUUUCAUGAGUUUUAAUCUUGACACAUAUGGGAAAAACAAACUAAUGGAUGCUUUGUGCAUAUCUGGUGAGAAAGGACAAGGUACAGCCUUGGCAGACUAUGUGAUGUUUUUAAAUGAGGUUUUUAUUGAAUGUCACAUUCCAGAGGGACUUCAAAGUUUUAUAGUGACCUUGGCUCAGUAGAUUGAUUGAAAACGUUUGGGUUUUCAGACAUAUCCAGCAGAACAAGCCAGAACACGCCAAGAGCAAAUUUAGCCAUGCCUGAAAAAGCAAUACACAGAUGCAAUAUAGACCUGUUAAAUGAACACGUAGAAAUAUCAUUUGGGAGCCGAUACAUUGUGUAUCAUGCACAUAAGCACACACUAUGUAGUCUACUUAUGAUUAAUGCAUCGUUUGCAUUCCUUUUAUUAACAUGUCCUCUGUCUGAGAGGACUGUUUUUUAUUUAUUUGUAAAUGCUUUUACACAUGCUUUUAUUGCAUGAAAAUUGCUAAUUUAAUCAAUGUUGCACAAAUGAUUUGAGAAAAUCGCUGCUAUUGUAAAUUCAAAUGUAAAAUACGUAGCUCAUUUUGGGAUGAUCAUAAAUCAUAGUCAUAUCUAUUACUGUGUACUAGAUUGGAAUUUUAUCCAUAUGCCUUUGCCUUUGAGCUAAAGUUGGCAGCGAACUAUUUUUAUGAAGCAGUAAAUUGAGAAGGCACUUUGUCAUGUGAACCAUGAAGAAGGAAAGGCUAGAAUAAUUUCUGGGAGAUAAUUAUUUUUUAUCAAAGAAAGUAGAUGCUGUGAGUUGUGGAAGUGGAGUUAAUGGAAACAGGACUUAAGUUUGUCUUGUGGCUGUGCAUCUUGAGAGCCUGCGGAAAUAUCAUUGUAUAGUGGUUCAUAAUUGUUGAAAUAAUGAAUGAAGGGAGCAAUAUUUUUAUGUGUGUGGGGCGGUGUGAUUUUUGAAUUCUGUUAAGACAGACAUUGACUUUCCUUCUUGGCCAUUUUUCUUUUGUGGCUCAAAUACACAACCAUGCAUCUUCAACGCAGUUUCUCAUAUCAGUGCUUCAAUACAUUUGCACAAUUCUCAAGAAGGAAUUAAAAGAUAGUUGUGGAACUGUUGUAUAACAAAAAGUUGUUGUGAUUGAAAAACAAGAUUCAGUGUUCUUAUUUAGUCCAAGGUGACGCCUGUUAAUGUAUUGUACAGUGAAAGAUGUUGAUGUUGAAGCAAUUUGCUUUUCAAGUGAAAGUUUUACAUAUUUUCUGUAAAAUGUA